CGGCCCUGUCCCGCUCAGACAAUGCCCCGGAGCCGCCAGACCGCCGAGCCCCUGCCCCACCGCGGCCCCGGCCCUCGCCUACCCAGGGGCUCCGCGCCGCGAAAGCUCCAGCCCCCGAGGCUUGACGAGCAGGACUCCUCUCCACCAACUCAGUCCUCGCGGGGGUUGGGACCCCAGCCAAGAUCUCAGAACGGCAGGAGUAGGGGUGGGCGCUGGAGACAGCUGAAGUAAAAGGAGGAAACUGAGAAAUCAGCGCUGCCGGAGGGGCGACUGUGUGGAUGGGAUGGGGACGCCGGGGGAGGGGCUGGGCCGCUGCUCCCACGCCCUGAUCCGCGGGGUCCCGGAGAGCCUGGCGUCGGGGGAGGGUGCGGGGGCUGGCCUCCCUGCCCUGGACCUGGCUAAAGCACAGCGGGAGCACGGGGUGCUGGGGGGUAAGUUGAGGCAGCGGUUGGGGCUACAGCUGCUAGAACUGCCUCCUGAAGAGUCGCUGCCGCUGGGACCGCUGCUCGGCGACACCGCCGUGAUCCAGGGGGACACGGCCCUGAUCACGCGGCCCUGGAGUCCUGCCCGCAGGCCAGAGGUGGAUGGAGUCCGCAAAGCCCUCCAGGACCUGGGGCUCCGGAUUGUGGAGAUGGGGGACGAGAACGCGACGCUGGAUGGCACCGAUGUCCUCUUCACCGGCCGGGAGUUUUUCGUGGGCCUCUCCAAGUGGACCAACCACCGAGGAGCCGAGAUCGUGGCCGACACGUUCCGGGACUUCGCCGUCUCCACUGUGCCGGUCUCCAGCCCCUGCCACCUGCGCAGCUUCUGCGGCAUGGGGGGACCCCGCACGGUGGUGGCGGGGAGCAGCGACGCCGCCCAAAAGGCGGUCCGGGCCAUGGCGGCGCUGACGGACCACCCCUACGCCUCCCUGACCCUCCCAGAUGACGCAGCCGCUGACUGUCUCUUUCUGCGCCCUGGGUUGCCCGGGGUGCCCCCUUUCCUCCUGCACCGUGGAGGGGGGGACCUGCCCAACAGCCAGGAGGCACUGCAGAAGCUCUCCGACGUCACCCUGGUCCCUGUGUCCUGCUCUGAACUGGAGAAGGCAGGUGCUGGGCUCAGCUCCCUCUGCCUGGUACUCAGCACACGCCCCCACAGUUGAGGGCCUGGCCUUGGGGUCUUGGUUGGUCAGGGGUAGGGCAGUAUAGGGAGUAGAAGGGGCAGGAGAAUUAGAGAAAGGAUGGUGAAUAGUGGGAACAGGGUCCCAAGGUAGGGGGAGGGCAUAGUGUGGGAAAAAGGAUAGAGAUCAUUGGGUGAGUCUUCUCUCCCAGAACUAAUAAAAUAGAACUGACCUUUCAGA